UAGUAAACAGCUGUUUAAGCAGCGCAUUUGUUUAGAAGUCUUGCCGUUUAUAUUAUUACAAAUUUCAUCUGAUUUAUGUAAUUAUGGAUGAACCGGUGGAUCCCAGCAAGAGUUUUAUUAUAUUUGGGCGCGACAUUUCACAAAUACCAUGCUUUCGUAACAGUUUUCUUUAUGGUAUCAGCGGCGGGAUUGGCGUCGGUGUGUUGACAUUUCUGGGAACGUCUCGCGCACAUUUAUCCACGCAUGUUGGUUUCGGUUCCUUUUUCUGUGGCACAAUUAUAUAUUGGAUGGGCUGCAGAUAUCAGUGGUCAGCAAAACGUUUCGAGCAACAACAGCUGCGGGAGGCAAUGCGACGACAAGCGUUGUAUGAAGGUACACAGGUGGAGCGUGACUUAGAUCUAAAAUCAGCAUAAGGAUACUUCCACUAUUAAGCAAAUUGUAUAUACUAAUACGGCUUCAGAUCUUAUGGAGUGAAUUUUAAUUGUUACAAUAUUUUGUUGUGCUUGGCUCUCAGCGAUAAGUUUAAAUCUUUGUAUUUGAUUUAUUUACCAAAGUUAUAAAUUAUGUAUUUGUUUACAUACGUAUGUAUAUGAUGUUAAUAUAAAAACAUCAAUUAGGAACACAUGCGCGUUGUAUUAUAAACAAUUGAUAAACAUCUUAGAUUAUUAACGCAACAACAAACGAAAAGAUUACAAUUUUAUAUGUAUGUUAUUCAAAUGCAAUAUAAUAAAUAUAC